GCCUGCUCUCCGGCCCUCUGUCAGCCAUGAUGUCCUCCAGGUCUCGGCAAACAUACUCCUCCAAAGGGGGCUUCAGCUCCAACUCUGCCAGUGGAGGGGGUGGGUCCCGGGCCCACACCAGCUUCAGCUCGGUGACAGUGUCCCGUAGCAGUGGUGGUGGUGGUGGCACCCGCUAUGGCCCCAGCAGUGGUGGCUUUGGCAGCCGGAGCCUCUAUAACUUGGGGGGCAACAAGAGCAUCUCAGUAAGUGUGGCUGGAGGGGCCUCCUCUGGGAGGGCUCCUGGAAGCUUUGGCCUUGGCAGCAGGGCAUUUUCGGGCCUGGGGGCCAGCAGGCAGACAUUUGGGCCUGUCUGUCCUCCUGGUGGGAUCCAGGAGGUCACCAUCAACCAGAGCCUGCUGACCCCCCUCAAUGUGGAGAUUGACCCAGAGAUCCAGCGAGUGCGCACUCAGGAGCGGGAGCAGAUCAAGACCCUCAACAAUAAGUUUGCUGCCUUCAUUGACAAGGUGCGGUUCCUGGAGCAGCAGAACAAGGUUCUGGAGACCAAAUGGGCGCUGCUGCAGGAGCAAGGCCAGAACUCGGGAGUCACUAGGAACAACCAGGAGCCCCUCUUUGAGGCCUACCUGGGCAACCUGCGGAGGCAGCUGGACAGUAUCCAGAGUGAGCGGGGGAGGCUGGAUGUGGAGCUGAGGAACAUUCAGGAUCUCGUUGAGGACUAUAAGAACAAGUACGAGGAUGAAAUCAACAAGCGCACUGCUGCAGAGAACGAGUUCGUGGUGCUCAAGAAGGAUGUGGAUGGUGCAUACAUGUCCCGAAUGGAUCAUCAAGGCAACUUGGACAACUUGCUCCAGGAGAUUGAAUUCCUACAGCAACUCUAUCAGAUGGAGCUGAGCCAAGUGCAGACCCACGUGUCUGACACCAAUGUGGUCCUCUCCAUGGACAACAACCGCAGUCUGGACCUGGACAGCAUCAUUGCUGAGGUCAAGGCUCAAUAUGAGCUGAUUGCUCAGAGGAGCCGGGCUGAGGCUGAAGCCUGGUACCAAACCCAGUAUGAGGAGCUGCAGGUGACAGCUGGGAAGCAUGGGGACAACUUGCGAGACACCAAGAAUGAGAUUGCUGAGCUCACGCGUACCAUUCAGAGGCUGCAGGGUGAGGUGGAUGCAGCCAAGAAGCAGUGUCAGCAGCUGCAGACGGCCAUUGCAGAAGCAGAGCAGCGUGGGGAGCUGGCGCUCAAGGAUGCUAAGAAGAAGCUUGGGGAUCUGGAUGUGGCUUUGCACCAGGCCAAGGAGGACCUGGCCCGGUUGCUGCGUGACUACCAGGACCUUAUGAAUGUCAAGCUGUCCCUGGAUGUGGAGAUCGCCACCUACCGCAAGCUGCUGGAGAGCGAGGAGAGCAGGAUGUCUGGAGAGUGUCCCAGUGCAGUCAGCAUCUCCGUGACAGGCAACUCCACCACUGUGUGCGGAGGCGGUACGGCUGGCUUCAGGGGUGGCGUCUCCUUGGGCGGGAGUGGAGGGGCCAGCAAGGGUGGAUUCAGCACAAGCCUAGGCUACAGCAAUGUCAAGGGAGGGCCGGUCUCUGGAGGCACCUCCAUCCUGCGGAAGACCACCACUGUCAAGACGUCCAGCCGGAGAUACUAGCUGGGGGCCCUUGCAAUCCUCUCCCUGCCUCUCUCACCCACCUCUGCUCCCCUCCUCACCUACCUUCCUAGGGGGCCAUAAAUCCAGCAUAUUCCAUACCAGGCUAUUUGCAUAUCAUUUGCAUUGUGAUAUUUUAGGGGCUAAAAUUGACUCAGGUUUUCUCCUUGGUUCAAGUCACCAGCUUGAGUGAUGUGCUUGGGUGAUUUGGGGGUGACCUUUUGACUCUUGAGAGGAGGCUGGAUUUCCCAGGGCAUUAUGGCUUCUCUCACUUCUCUGCCUGUCUGCUCUGAGUUCUGGGCAGGUUGGGGAGGAGGGAGAGGAGUUAGGAGUGGUCCCCAAAGACCCUUCAACUUCUCUAGUUCCCCCAGCAGACCUAACCC